CUCAUAGGGAGCCGCAGGACGCUGCGUAGAAACGGACAACAAACAUGGCGGAAGAACAUGGUGAAACACUCACAGAGCCAAACUUGGAAGGACAGAUACAGAUGUCAGAAAAUCCUCAUGCAGACUAUGGUCUCACGGAGAAUGUGCAGAGGAUAGUUGAGAAUGAAAAACUGAAUGCAGAGAAAACAUCUAAGCAGAAAGUGGAUCUGCAGUCCCUUCCAACUCGGGCAUAUCUGGAUCAAACAGUGGUGCCCAUUCUUUUACAAGGCCUGUCGGUUCUGGCAAAAGAAAGACCUCCCAAUCCAAUUGAAUUCUUGGCUGCCUACCUUCUGAAGAACAAGACACAAUUUGAGGAGAGAAAUUAGCUUGCACAGAACUCCAGAUUUGGACCUCGCCAGUCCCGUACGAUUGAGAGGGCAGAAGUGAUUCUAGCUUUUAACAUCAGUUUGUAGAAACAAAUUUUAAAAAGAGAAAUGGGCCAAUGUGGAAGACCAGAAUAUGUAUGGAAUGGCCCAUUAUCGAUAUAUUGUAACUGUGCAGGGUUCCCCAUUUACUGUAAUUUAUGUAAACAUUGUGAUUCUAAAUAAACCAAGUGUUUUUACAUGUGCA